GCGGCGCUCGUGGGCGGGGCCCCGGCCUGGCUGAGGUAGAGGUAGCGGCAGGGGUGAAAUUUCUCGAAGCCUCCGGGCCGCGGGUUUGGCGGAGUCGCGGGCGGCCCUGGUUGGGAGCCGAGCCGGCGCCGGGCCGGGAUUCCCUAGUGGUGCCGGCGGGAACAGCAGCGGGUCCUGGGGCCUGGAGCGGAGGAGGCGGCUGUCGGGGCCCGUCCGGGAGCGGAGGAGGCGGCGGGCCCCGGCCCCGGCCCCGGGUCGCCGAGCAUGAACCACAAGAGCAAGAAGCGGAUCCGGGAGGCGAAGCGCAGCGCCCGGCCCGAGCUGAAGGACUCGCUGGACUGGACCCGGCACAACUACUGCGAGACCUUCCCGCUGAGCGCGGCGGCCUGCACGGAUAAUGUGGAAAGGGCAGAUGCACUCCACUUAUCGGUGGAAGAAUUUGUUGAGCGUUAUGAAAAGCCUUAUAAGCCUGUAGUUCUGUGGAAUGCUCAGAUGGGCUGGUCUGCCCAAGAGAAGUGGACUCUAGAACGCCUGAAGCGCAAGUACAGGAACCAGAAGUUCAAGUGUGGUGAGGACAAUGAUGGGUACUCUGUGAAGAUGAAGAUGAAAUAUUACAUAGAGUAUAUGGAGACCACACGUGAUGACAGCCCACUCUACAUCUUCGACAGCAGCUACGGAGAGCACCCUAAGCGCAGGAAACUCCUGGAAGACUACAAAGUGCCCAAGUUCUUCACUGAUGACCUAUUCCAAUAUGCUGGAGAGAAGCGCAGACCACCUUAUAGAUGGUUUGUAAUGGGCCCGCCUCGAUCAGGAACAGGAAUUCAUAUUGAUCCUCUGGGAACCAGUGCUUGGAAUGCCUUAGUCCACGGACAUAAGCGCUGGUGCCUCUUCCCUACCAGCACUCCCAGAGAGUUGAUCAAAGUGACACGGGAAGAAGGAGGGAACCAGCAGGAUGAGGCGAUCACUUGGUUCAGUAUCAUAUACCCUAGGACGCAGCUCCCCACCUGGCCUCCUGAAUUCAAACCCCUGGAAAUUGUGCAGAAACCAGGCGAGACUGUCUUUGUACCAGGUGGCUGGUGGCACGUAGUUCUCAAUCUCGAUACAACCAUUGCCAUCACACAGAACUUUGCCAGCUGUACCAACUUCCCUGUGGUAUGGCACAAGACAGUAAGAGGGAGGCCAAAAUUAUCAAGGAAGUGGUACAGGAUCCUAAAACAAGAGCAUCCUGAGCUGGCAGUGUUGGCUGAUUCAGUUGAUCUACAAGAAUCGACAGGUAUUGCUUCUGAUAGUUCCAGUGAUUCCUCCAGUUCCUCUAGCUCCAGCUCCUCGGACUCUGAUUCAGAGUGUGAUUCUGGCUCUGAGACCGAAGGGAUGAUGCAUCGGCGGAAAAAGAGAAGGACUUGCAGCAUGAUGGGUAACGGUGACACUACCUCUCAAGAUGACUGUGUGAGCAAAGAGCGCAGCUCCUCCAGGAUUAGGGAAUCUUGCGGAAGCCGUGCUCACCCCUGAGAGAUAACAAGAACCGUCUAGAGGCAGCUGCCACUCGAAGCUCCGUUAGCAGCCAGCUUUGUUCUACCCCUCUCAGCUUCUAUCUACUCUUAUGAUCCUUCUCAAGUCUUCACUGCUACUUUGAUCCAAACUCCUAUCUUCCAUCACGUGCUGACUAAAGAUGACUCCUUGGUAACUACUGGGGGAAACUCCCAAGUCUAAAUGACUGUGCAAUGCUUAGUGUCCUUCUGUACCCCUAAAAAAGUGCACUAAAUGGUCAGAAAAUAACCCAGCUCUGGGCAAGGACAUGCCUUGUGUCUUACAGUUCAUGAAGUUGGCAAGGAAAACAGUCUGAUGCCUGUUUUUAAAGGACUGUUUUAAAACCAGCAGCUACAUCCAGAAACCUACCCUGCUUUGACACUGUCAUACGUUUACAUGUGCUGCACAUGCUGAAACUAGGAGAGGAUCUCAGCACCUUUGCUCUACACAAACAUCCAGUGGAUAUUGUACCAGAGUGCUGGAAGGGAGACUAACUCUGUUAUGUACUCUGAACACCGAGGUGACUUCAAAUGACUAGAAAUGGCUACCUGUGAGAAGCAUCUUUUGUGGUCAUAUUAAUCUACGUACACUCUGACUAAACCCAAAUAGUCUAAGAUGUGACACCUUAACCAGCAAUGAUCAUACGUACUUAUGCUUGGUGUCUGCCAUAUUAAGUAUAAAAAGAUGAACUGGCACUUGGGUGUAGCAUUAGGGCUUGAGGGAACAAGAGAUGAGUGGCUUCUUGUAUAGUAGAAGCCACUGAAAGUCACCAUCUAUCAACAGUUACCCAUGAACCUUAGGUGUAGGGGGAAAACUAUAUAACUGAAUUACAGACUUUAUUCAGCCCCAGAAAGCAGCUGUCUCUUUGAGGUCAUGUGUUUAGGAGCUUAGCAGCACUUGCUCUGGGAUCUGUAAAAGAGCAUGGGGGGGGCGGUAUUUUGUCUUAAACAUUUUAAAGUAACAGGUGAUGCUUGGGUUCACACAGCUGCAGUGGUACUGUGCCAAGAUAAACUCUCAUCCCCAAGCAAUCUACUAGGAUGGUUGAUAUUAAUUUACCAGGGCCUGUGCAUUAAAGCUUUCCUAUAGCCUGUUCCCAGCCACCUUAGAGGCUGUGCUUGUGAGGGAAGGGGGGAAUAACCAUCUUGCUCUGAUGCAAAGAACACCGCACCCAAGAGCCAGCUAAUUGUGCUGUUUCUCUUUGCACCCUUAUUUCAGUUUUGCUGUUUGGGAGGGGGAACUGAAAAGAGAGGAGCAGUGCACUCCCUCUCAUAUAAGCCACAAUGCCUAAGCAUUAGUGCUGAGGUCUGCAGUCAUGGGGCAUGCCCUCUUGUGGGGGAGGGAGGGUGCGGAGUCACAUUCCGUGGGGUGCGGCUGGGGCCUGGACCAACCCCCAAAGGGGGUGGGGAGGGAGCGUUGCCCAGCUCUGCUCCUGGUCUGUGCCUGGGGAUCCUGGCUGUCAGCCCUGCACCCAGGGUCCUGGCUGUCAGCCCCAUGCCUGGGGAUAUGCCCUGGACCAUGGCUGCCGGCCCCACAUCUGGUGUCCUGGCUGCCUGCCCAACCACAACUCAAGGCUUCUGCCCCUGGCUGAGGGUCUGCCCCCAUCCCAAUCUGUGGCCCGAGCCUUGGCCCCCUUACCACUGUCUGCAUCUCCCGUCUUGGAGCCGCAGCCCUGCUCCUGGCUCCAUGGGGGGAAGCGUGAACAGGGUAUGGGUGGGCAUGAGGUAAAAAGUUUGGGAAUCACUGCACUAGUGACUGAAUUAAAAUGCAAACUGGCAACCUUAACUGUGAAUUUUCUGUAUACAGUGUAUUAAGUAGACCCCCUGAAUGUUGAUUUUUAACUUGUCCUUUACUAUUUGUGGUCCCUCUCCCAUCUCAGGAUAUGGCCCAAUCUGUUGUAAAGGUGAGCCCUGCUUAUCUUAGUUCGUCAGCAGUACAGACCAUUGUUUCCAAGUCUCCUUUGUGCAGGUCACUUUAUGUAGCAGAGAAGUGGGAGGGAGUUUGGAGGUGUGAGGCAGGUGGCUCAUCAGUGCAUCUCUAAGCAGGAAAUCCAAGGGAUGCAUUUGUGGCAAUAGAACACAAAUGCACAGACUUCUCUUCAAAACUGCUGCAGUCUUUCCUGCAGGGGGACUCUUCCUUAAGGCUGCUUAGAUGUAAAGACGGUUUUGUGUCAAAACAUCCAGAUUCCCUGGCCAAGGAUGCCUGUAGUCUGCCUAGCUCAGGGGGCACAUUGGCAGCUUGCCCAUAGCCUGCAUGCUGCACGUUAUCUUCAUAAAAUGGUGCAGGCUGCAGCUGCUAUCACUUAGAACAAGAUAGGGGGCUGUGGUGGCUACAGGAUUAGAAGGGUAUCCUCCUCCUAGUGGCAAGGGUUAACCUGGAUUAUAAAGUUCUCGGGGCUGCGGUUUGGGCCAUUGCCCCGCUCUGAGGUGGCUAGCCAUUGCCUUCAGCAGCAUGGUUACAGCUGCGCCUCAUCUUAAUAUUUUACUGUAUGAAAGAAGUCUGGGCCUGAGCCCGUGAAGCCUGUCAUGGGGAAACCAACUUGCCUCCCACUGCCAAGAAAGCUGCUCCUUUUCUAGCAAUUGCACAGUCUGAUGCUCCAGCGUGCAGAGCACUUCUCCAUGCCUACAAACAGAUCAGUGGUAUGACAAUAAAGCUGUCAAUUAAAAUGGACACCGUCUCCUCGUAUUGAAUGGUCUAUAAGGUAACAUUUGAAACUAGCAAUAGGAAAGGUAAUGUCAGCUGACUUCCACAAAGCCAUCCAGCGUGGUACAAGGGCUGGGAUUCUGAACUAGAGCUACUCGAAUGUUCUUCCUUGGAACAGGUUGACUUUGCAAAGAAGUAUAUUGGGUUUCAUGAAAACUUUGUUGGGAAGGUUCCUCAAAUCUAUGAUGGACUUUCUACUCAAAACCAGAGAUGCAGACCCAGAAUAGGCAAGGCGUUCACAUGAGAUGUAGCGACUUGAACCUGGGUCUCCUGCAUCCCGGGUGUGUACCCUAACAUGUCUAUAGCACCAGUCACUAAGCUGCUGCAUAUUUUAUGAUUUAUACAAAGUGGAAUAGCUUCAGCAGCUGAGAAUAAGAAAAAGGGACUGACUAGCCUGCUGGAAUGUGCACCACAGCAUUUUUUGUGAAACAGAAUUCUUGUUUUCCAGCCAGCCUUACUCAGGACUGCUGGGUUUUCUUCUUAGGUCCACCAGUUUCAUCCUGUGUGACCUUGGCCAAAUAGCUUAGCCUCUCUGUGUAUUUGAUGUCCUAGCUAUAAAAUGGCAAUAAUACGUAUCUUGCAGGGAUGUUGUGAGGCUACUUUGAAUUAAUGGUUGUAAAACACCCUUGAUCCUUCCUUCUGCAAAAGGUUUUACAAAUGACUGAAUAUGGUUAAGCCCCUAUUAAGCAGGCUAGACACUGCUUUCUAAACUGGCAGUAGCUCCUCCCACUAACAAGUGCUACAGUCGCAAAGGUUCAGUGCUUUUGGGCACUUGCUCAGCGAUAACUUCAGAAGUGCCCACUUCAAAACCAAUUCACCCUACGUGAACUGUGCCAAAUGUAGGGGUAGGUUUUAUUGAGCUCUGGGAUGAAAAUAUUGGUGCCUAAACUUGCUUUAUUAGAAUCCCAAGUUUGCUACUGCAUGUCAGCUUUGCUGUCCUCUCUUCUUCCCUUUUGGCCAAUGAACAUCUGAGAUCAGGCACUGCUUUUCUACCCUUGUUUAGCAGCUGAUGUGAAUCAGUUGUAUCCCAAGUUCACCUCUUCCCUUGUUACAGGUUAAAGGGACUGACUGGUGAAAUCUUGUCAGAAACAUAGCUACAGUUCAUAGGAUGCAUGUUUCUUUGAAGAUACCUGCUCCAUACACACAGGGCAGGAGGAGCCUGUGGCUUCAUAGAAGCUAGUAGUAGUCUCCCUUCCUCCUUUCUCUAACUGUGGUCAGACUAAUGCCAACUUCUCCCAACUGCUUAUUAGAGAGAUGUCUGCCUCUGGCAAGAUUAAUUGAGAGGCCCUUUUCCUUCCUGAAUCCCCAGCCAUCCUAUGGAGACAGAUGGGUGGGACUGUGAAACCUCUCUGCGGGCUGGACUCCCAGAGACAGUGCUGUGUGCCCCUCUUGGGACGGGGGGGCAGUAGAGCCUGCUGAUUCAUUGGACAGUUAAAGCCCUAUCACUGCCACUAACAUCUCUUAUCUGUCCUCCGCUGGGCAGAGCUGCAAUGCUCUGAAUUUUG